UGUCUCUCAAACUCUGACUAAUAAUAUACACAACACAGUCUACUACUAUACUCCCAAAAUUCCUUCCCUAAUUUGGCGCUUCUUCUUCUUCGUCUUCUUUCUCCCACUCCUUCAAAUUCCUUCAACUUAUACUCCAAAGAAAAAGAAACAAAAGGCGCGAUGAAGCGAACAUUCGACGAAAUCUCCGACGAAGAAUGGGAAAAUCACUCCUUCAAACCCUCGAAAAUCCUCAACUCUUCUUCCUCAAAACCUCCUCCUUCAAUCGAAUCCUUCGCUUUCACCUCUCGCUCUGCUCCGAUCGACCUCACCGAUGAUGGCGACGAAGACUACGUUCCGCCACCGGACGAUGUCGGAGAUUUAGAGGACGACGACGAAGAUUUGGAAGACGAUGACGUCGAUGUCGCCGCAACUUCCGGUCGUAGAAGAAGGUUUGUUGUCGACGACGACGACGACGAUGAUAUCGAUAACGAUAAUGAUAACGAUGAGGAUGAUUUGCAGGAGGUGGUUGAAGUGAAAUCCGAAGGUGAGGAAGAAGAAGAGGAGGAAAUGGAGUUGUUAUCUGAUACUGAUGAUGAUGAAGAUGAUGAUGAUGAGAAAUUGGAGAAAGAAGAGGAGGAUGUGGUUGGGAGAGCAUUGCAGAAAUGUGCUAAGAUUUCUGCUGAGCUACGGAAGGAGUUGAAUGGACCUUCUGUUACUGUUGCUGAUCGUUAUGCUGAGUCCGUUUCUUCUUCUGUCAGGAUUGUUACUCAGGAUCAUAUUAAUUCAGCUUGUGGAGCAGAGAAUUCAGAUUUCCAGCCACUUCUUAAGCCAUACCAGCUUGUUGGGGUCAAUUUUCUUUUGUUGCUGAAAAAAAAGAAGAUAGGUGGAGCUAUAUUAGCUGAUGAGAUGGGUUUGGGGAAGACUGUUCAGGCUAUAACUUAUUUGAUGUUGCUGAACCACUUGGAAAAUGAUCCGGGCCCACAUUUGGUUGUGUGUCCAGCUUCAGUUUUGGAGAAUUGGGAAAGAGAGCUUACAAAGUGGUGUCCAACAUUUUCAGUGUUACAAUUUCAUGGAGCUGGUAGAGCAGCAUAUGCUAAAGAGCUAAGCUCAUUGGCCAAAGCUGGAUUGCCACCUCCGUUUAAUGUGCUCCUUGUUUGUUACUCACUCUUUGAGCGGCACAGCGCACAACAGAAAGACGACCGAAAAAUUCUGAAACGUUGGAGAUGGAGCUGUGUCUUGAUGGAUGAGGCUCAUGCGUUGAAAGAUAAAAACAGCUACAGAUGGAAGAAUUUGAUGUCAGUUGCAAAAAAUGCAAAACAGCGUCUGAUGCUCACUGGAACUCCACUACAGAAUGAUCUACAUGAGUUGUGGUCGUUGUUGGAGUUCAUGCUGCCUGAUCUGUUUGUUACAGAGGACGUGGAUUUGAAAAAGCUACUCAAAGCUGAUGAUUAUGAUCUUAUUACUCGUAUGAAGUCCAUUUUAGGCCCAUUUAUUUUGAGGCGCUUGAAAUCUGAUGUAAUGCAGCAGCUUGUACCCAAAGAACAGCGCGUUGAGUUUGUGUACAUGGAAAAAGAACAUGAAGAUGCUUAUAAUGAAGCCAUUCAAGAGUAUCGUGCAGUGUCGCAAGCUCGUAUGCCUAAGAGCUCUGACCAUAAUUCAAAUAAUGUUGUACAAGUUCUACCUCGCCGUCAGAUUUCAAAUUACUUUGUGCAGUUUCGUAAGAUUGCAAAUCAUCCUUUGCUAGUAAGACGUAUCUACAAUGAUGAGGAUAUUGUUCGGUAUGCCAAGAAGUUAUACCCAAAGGGUGUUUUUGGUCAUGAAUGUAAACUGGACAGAGUAAUAGAUGAAAUGAAGGGUUAUAGUGACUUCUCUAUUCAUCGGCUUUUAUUUAAUUAUGGUAUUGAGGAUGCAAAGGGUAUCCUUCCAGAGGAACAGGUCAUAAAGUCCGCAAAAUGCCAGGCAUUGGCUAAGCUUCUUCCUUCCUUGAAGCGAGAUGGCCAUCGUGUUCUGAUAUUUAGCCAGUGGACGUCAAUGCUUGAUAUCUUGGAGUGGGCAUUGGAUGUGAUCGGGGUAACAUACAGACGUCUGGAUGGAAGUACGCAGGUGACUGAGAGACAAAGUAUAGUGGAUACUUUUAAUAAUGAUACUUCAAUCUCUGCAUGCUUGCUGUCCACCAGAGCUGGAGGUCAGGGUUUGAACCUCAUAGGAGCAGAUACUGUCAUAAUACACGAUAUGGAUUUCAACCCUCAAAUUGACCGACAGGCAGAGGAUCGCUGUCAUCGUAUUGGCCAGACAAAACCCGUUACUAUAUACAGAUUGGUGACAAAAGGAACUGUAGACGAAGACGUUUACGAGAUUGCGAAACGGAAGUUAGUUUUAGAUGCUGCUAUUUUGGAAUCUGGGACAGUGGUGGUGGAUAAUGGUGAUUUGAUGCCUGAGAAGACUAUGGGUGAGAUAUUGUCAGCGAUUUUGUUGCGGUAAAAAAUUUUCUCCACUCUUAACCCAGCUCUUGUAUGUGUAGAUGACAUUGGCGGUUAAUUUAUUCAUAUUGUGUUUCUGGAAUUUGUAUAUGUUCUAUUCUAUAAAUCAGGCUUGUUUCAGUGAAGUCCAUUUGUACUGCUUGUAAACCCAUGUUACCUUUGCAAAAAGGGUGUUCUAAUUUUGUAUAACCUCGUCAUAAGAAAAAAGAAAUAGAAGACGAAAUUAAUCCUA